CUCAUGGAAUAUGAUAAAAAUUCGAACUGAGAUGUUAUUCCAAAACGCCAAUAUGAUAACACUAGUAGCUCUAAUUUUCUGUCUAUCAACGACUUGCACCCAUGCAGACCAUGUACAAUCAAGACCAAAAGUAGGACGCAUAAUUGGUGGUGACACAGCCAAUGCUGGUCAAUUCCCGUAUAUAGCAUCCAUUUAUAAAAGCACCAACGCUGGUACCUACUUCUGUGCUGGAACUCUUAUUAACAACCAGUGGAUCUUAACGGCUGGCCAAUGUGUUAUAGAUGGCGUACUUUUCAACAUCCGUUUAGGGUCAAACCAUCUGAAUGACCCUAAUGCGUUGCGACUGGCUACAGACCAAUACUUCUUACACCCUGAUUACAACCCUGAUACUUUAGAGAAUGACGUUGGUCUUAUCAAGUUCCGUGAAGCCAUUCAGUUUACCGAUUACGUGAAAGCCAUCAAUUUUCUAUCCAGUGCAAACCUUACAGCGUCUGCUAGUGUUGAAACUGCAGGGUGGGGACAAACCAGUGAUGAAGACGCUGGAUUAGUCGAUGAACUGAACGUUGUUUCCUUGGUGACCCUUAGUAACGAAGAAUGUAGACUCACGUUUGGAAAUCAAAUUACUGACAACAUGGUUUGUGCUGGUGGAAAUUACAAUGAGGGUACUUGCACGGGUGACAUUGGUGGACCGCUUAUUCAGACUUUACUUGGAUUACAACUUCAUGUAGGAGUUGCAAGCUUCAUAAGUGGAAGAGGUUGCGAAAGCACUGACCCUUCCGGUUUUACACGGACAGCACCUUAUGUACCAUGGAUUCGCAGUAUCUUGGAGUCCACUUAUUAACACAAAUGAAAUAAAGCAAUGUAGUUUUAAA